AUGUACACCGACUCGCUGCCGGCGACGGUGAUGAACGCGAGGGAAGAGGCCGCCGUGAUAGCCCAGGAUCUGAUCGUGGCGGCUGACCGGUACAAUCUCAAGGACCUGAAGCCGGUCACUGAGAACAAGCUGUGCAAGCACAGCUUCAGCGCAAGCACGGUGCUGCCGAUGCUGCUGGUAGCCGAGCACCACCAGUGCUGGAAGCUCAAGGACAAGUGCCUGGUGUUCAUCGCUGCUGGGAGGAACACGAGAGCGAUCAUGGCGACGGAUGACGUCGAGCAUCUGGCGAGGCGUUGUCCCUCUGCUGUCAAGGAAGUGCUCACCAAGAUUCUGGACGCAAGGGAGGCGACGCCAAGCAACCCUCUGAUGGUCAGCGUAGAUGCCUCCUUCUACAUUUAUGCAUUGAUUUUCAUGGUGCCCUUGGGCUUAUGUGUUCUUCGUGUGUUAUUCCGUUAA